AUGGCAGCCAGUCGAACCAGUCCCCUGCGCCCAUCGAUUCGCCUCUCCCCCGCGCACUCCCGAAAUAACUCGUGUUCGACCUCCCCAGAACGACUUCCCACCUCGAUAUACCAGAAAGUCGACCCUCUCCUCAGCAACCUGUCCCCCGAGUCCACCCUGAACGCCCUCACAUCGACCGAAGCGAUUCCGUCAAAUGAGAAGCUGGCUCAUGAUGUCCUUUCCCAGAGUAUCUCCCAGGUCUCGCCGGCCGAACGCGCUCUCGGGAUCCGAGCCGCUAUCGCUGCCCAAAACUUGAACAUUUGGUAUAGAGAGGUCCAGUCAUGGCGAUGGCCGAACCAGAACGAGGCCAAGAUUGGGAAAGGGUUUAUACCGCCGACAGAUUCCGGUGCUGGUGAAAAGCCCUCGACAUCCAGCAUACUAUUACCCCCUGGCACCAGAGAGGUCGAUCAUUAUGGAUGUUUGCCAGCAGUCGUGGUCGAGGGGUAUGAGAAGAGGGUCGAGGAAAUACGCGAUGGAAUGGACAAUCUAGAUGUGGAGGAAUUGAAGGAGCAUGUUCUCAAUGCCCACAUUCCUUCCAGGUCUCGGCCCUCCUCUUCGACAAGCAGCGUGUCCGUGCCUCCGCCGCUCAGUUAUGUGCAGCUCAGUGACUUCACGGCUGUCAUCACCGCUACCAUCCUCCGAGCCCUCCCCUUCCUGACCCGACUGAACAGACUUUUGACCACCUGGGAUGUUCGCCUUCUCGUCCUGCGUCAAAUCCCUGGCCUCUUGCGAGAGCUGGGACUGACCCGAUCCGCCCUAGAUACCUCACUCCACGCGUUACGGGCAUCGAAUCCUUCUGGAAUUGAUCAGACACCCUACUCCAGCGCAUAUCUACGCGCCGAACAUGUCAAACUUGAGUCAGCAGUUGUCUCUGUGGGCAGGCGGGUGGAUCGGAUUCUCGAUGCGUUGGAAGGUCGCCCGGACUCCCUGCCCGAGCGUUGGAUUGAUGAACUCGAAGGCAUCGAGUCCGACUUUGCCGCAUGGGUAGUGGAAGCCGAGAGAUAUACCGUUCACAAUGAGUGCUUACGCGUGAACGAUGAACCCCCAGUGCCCGAAACGCCUGAAGACCCCAAUCCUACGCCUGAAGAGAAGCCGGAGGAUAUGGAACAGGAGACGAGACAAGACGCAGCUGAAGCCCAAUCUACAAGACAAGAAACCGCCCGUCAGAUGGACACAAUCAAGGAGGGGCCUCGAAAUGGCUCUGAAACUCCUACCCAGGAGAGCAACCAAGAGUCUUCUGAACGCCCAACGCAAGAUUUUAUGCUGCCAUCGCCGAAGGACCAUGCGCCAUCGCCACCGGUUCCUGUGCCCGAGAUUUCGGUCAAUCCUGAAAGUCCUUCUCAAGAAAUGUUUCAUUCGACAGCGGACGUGGAAAAGAAAACCGAGGAGCUGUCCACUGUCGUCGUGGCAGGGGAGCUAGAAACUCCAACGCAGGCGAAUUUCCCACCCGAGCAACCUGUCCAGACUGUCGAACAGUCUUCAUCAGCGUCUGCGUCUCGGCCAGCCACUCCGGAUAUGGAGAAUAAAGAAAACAUUCCUCCGCCGGGUUUCAACCAACAGAUCACGCCAACGUCUCCCCGAGUCUCUCAGGUGAAACCUGCUGCGUUGUCUGAACAUACGGACCUGGUCGAAGACCCAUUUGUUCAGUUUCCCCGAGUGCGUAAUGAAGCUGGCACAAACAACGUGCCUGAGCUCACUGCUGCCACUGAUGAAUCGCCACGAGGAAAGAUCGAUAUGCUGCCGGUUGCCGAAAAGCAGACAACCUUGCCUACGGUUGAUUCCGGGAAAGAAGAUGAAGCACAGGCGGUUGGGGAUCUACUUCAACCAGACCAUUCUCUACCAGAGACUCAACCCACGACGGAUCGCCAAUCUAACAACCCUGCCACUGACGUUGGAUCUCAGCCUCAGGGCCAACCGGGCGCACCAACUGAACCUGGACCGAAUCCCAUACUGGCAGAUACUCCCAACCGCAUACCAAACACCCAUGACUUGGACACCAAGCAGUCUGUGCAUCUUCCGUCUCGUUCAAUUGCUGCUGUUGAAUCGUCUGACCCCGGUUCUAAAUCUUCAAGCCCCAAGUCCCAUUCCUCGAACGAACCAAAAGCGGCCGACAAUUCAGGUCCCCGAAAGCCGCUACAGAGUCCAAUUAAGCUCUCCAAGAAACCACGUGGUCAUCGACCGUCCACCGGCUCCAUGGAUUCUCUUCUGUCGGACGGUUCUUCUCUUAGCUCCAGCGCCGAUGCACCAGAGCCAAACACUGCUUCGUCGAAUGAAAACCCCCUGAUGGUACCUUCUCAUAAAGAGAGACAUACUCGUUCCGAUCCUUCGCACGACCACACCCUGCGAGAAGACCGGCUUCUUCGCCUGGAACACUCAAAGGGUUCAUCCCCCAAAUCUCUCCAACAGACCCGUUCCGUGAGCCUGCCUCUUGAGCGGUUUAUCAACGAAAGACUAGAUUUAAAUCUAGACGGCGAGUCGGUACCAGCCGUGCGUGGUCCCAAGCCAACCAAGCCCUCCGCUGGAUCUGCGGACUUGCCUUCUGGUGUUCAAAAUCAGGACAGCUUAUUUUCCAAGGAUGUCUCCUUGACACCGACACCGCAGAUGCCCCGCCCUUCUCGCCGCCGCCCUGCACUCUCUCGAGGCAAAUCUUCGUUUGAUUUGAGGGCGAGCAGGCAGGCGUCCAUGAUUCAAGAACAGAACCGGAAAUCAUUCGCCAAGAAUGCAGCCCAUCGGCCUAUCGAACUUCAGGACCAGCCAAAGUCUUUCCGCCUGCGACAGCGUCUGACUGCCCACCCGAGUCUUGAGAGCCUCGGAGUCAAGCGACAGGAGCUGCCAUAUGUCGAGGAGGAUGAAUCGGAGCUGACGGAUUUUGAAUCUCGCUCGUCUUCGCCGAACAAGCGCUCCCGAAAGCCGAGGGAUCAACUUGACGAGAAGAUCAGUUCCAUCCUUAACACGCUUCCCGGCCGUAUUCAUCUCGUCGAUCCUAACAACGAGGCGGAAACAUCAUCGUCAUCGUCCUCCUUGGACCGCAGAUUACGCGACAGAUAUCGCUCCGAAUCACCGCAGGGCCUGCCAUCCCGCAGCGCCACUCCUGCCCCGUCUUUCAUGUUGAUGCCCGCUGCUCGAAGACGUUCCCAUGCACACAAGAUGGAGGACAGCUGCAUUAAGCUCUAUCAUCUUCAUCAUGGUGGGCAGUCGACCCCCUCAAAGCUAUUUGUUCGCACGGUUGGAGAAGAGGGACGGCGAGUCAUGGUCCGUGUCGGUGGAGGAUGGGCGGAUUUGGGCGAAUAUCUCCGGGAAUAUGUCAUCCACCACGGCCGUCGCAAAGUGUCAGAGACUCCCCGGGUUGAGGUUCAAGGCCUAGCGUCCCGUGCCUCUCCGUCUUACUCUUCCCCGGGCACCAAUAUCCCACAAGCUGCCCCAUCCUACGCCCUGUCUGGCCGAGCCACUCCAUCUCGACCACCGUCUGUGCUGAGUGCCCGACCAUCUUCCUCGCUUACUGUUCGAAAAAUGCGGCGAGGAUCUAACGCUUCUGACGCCGUGGUUCCACGAUCAGUGACUACGGGCAAUAUAAACUCUUUCACAUCACCACCUGCGGUGAUUGCCCCAACCCGCCGGCGGCUCUCUGCCUCGUCCAGUUAUUCCUUCAGCGAUACUCACUCCCCCGCCAAUCCUGUUGCUGGCCCGUCAAAUCAGGAAUCGCGCUCCACCCCACUGGGUCUCGCCGGGCCCAAACCUCGUUCGCGGCAUGUGUCCAUGAGCCCAGAAGGCGAAGCCUGGGUCAAAGACGUUCUCCAGCAGACUCGCCGAUCUAGUUCCUUGAAUCCACCGCCCUUCCCGUUGAGCCAGGAAAGCGAUGACGCUGAGGCGGCUGACUCUGCUGAUACCGGCCUCGCUGUCCCUUCCUUGCCCAAGGUCCGCAGCGUCGGUGAUAUUGGUUUGACUGGGACCAGCCGGCGAGUCGUAUUGAGGGGGCUCGGCAGCCGCAGGUCGUGA